ACUCUGAGAAGAACGCUCCUGACGGUUGGGCAGUGUUGGGUUAGGCAGGUUUUAAAGGAGCCUGAGGUAAGAGCUGUCGAAGACCCGGGAUCCGCGGGAGGCGGCGGCCGCAGCCUGGGAUCCCCCAGGGACCCCCCCGGAGCCGCCGCUUCCCCCAUGGACUUGCCUGGGGACUCCAGCCGGCCUUGUCAGCCGAGUCUGUGCCGUCAGCCCCUGGCUCGAGCAUUAUGGGGAGCCAGGAGCCCGAAAAGGCCGAGAUUGCAGCCCUUGGGGGCCCCUUCGCCUCUGGAAAAGGCAUCUCGACGGGUCCUGGCCGUGGUGCUGGAAGAUGUCAUGGCUGCCCGCAUGGAUCCUCUGGUCCCCCAAGAGGAGACCUCCAUCUCACAGCACCACAACAACCAUCAGGAGUCUGUCUGCAGCCAGUCACGUGCUUUACCACCCCAGCAAGUCAAGUGGUCCUCACAGGCCAGGCCUCCCGACCCACUACAUUUGUGCCGAGAGCCCUUGAGCCGAAUCCACAGGUCCUCUUCCACCCUGAGGCUGCGAUCAAGAACAACGCCUGGCCCAGAGGAGAGACCUUCACAAAAGGUGGACCGGGGCCCCCAACCUACCCUGGUGGUGCUGCUGGAAGAUAUUGCCGGUCCCAGACCCCCAGCUGAGCAGAUAUCUGAGACUGAAAGAGUCAGGACAUGGAGGGCUAAGGAGGCCAAAGAGGACUUCCCUGCCUCCCCACAAACAUCCCCUGUUUAUAUUCAGGGCUUCGCCAAUGACAGCCCCAACUUCAUCGUCCCCACACAAAGCACCUCCAGAAGCCCUAAGGGACAGGGGAGGUGCUGGCCUAGGUGGAAUCCAAACUUGGAAGCUCCUCCAGCCCUUAUGUUGCCCCUUCACCCCAGAGCUGAGCCCAUGGGGAUGGUUUACCAGCCAAUGCCCGUACCUGGGGACCUACAACCUCCAUUCCAGCCAUCCACCCUCCCUGCAGACCCUCCAGAGAGUCCACUACCAGCCCCAGAUCCUGCUCUGGAGGCCCCAUCGACCCCACCACCGUCCAGCCUUUUACGCCCCCGCCUCAGUCCCUGGGGCUUGGCUCCCCUCUUCCGUUCCGUCCGCUCCAAGCUGGAGAGCUUCGCUGACAUCUUCCUUACACCAAACAAAGCCCCACAGCCCCCACCCCCUUCACCUCCCAUGAAGCUGGAGUUGAAGAUUGCCAUCUCUGAGGCUGAACAGUCCAGGGCUGCUGAGGGAACUGCAUCUGUCAGUCCCCGGCCCCCUAUCCACCAGUGGCGAGCUCAGGACCACAGUACCCCAGCACUUCUUCCUAGACUCUCUCUGGGUCGAAGCCACUCCUGCCCUGAUCUGGGGCUCCCUGGCCCAGCUGGCUGCACCUGGCCCCCUGCUUCACCCCAACCAAGCCGGCCCCGGCCCCGACGGCACACUGUGGGUGGUGGGGAGAUGCCCCAAGCACCGCCACCCCCUCGGCCCUGUCUCCGGAAAGAGGUCUUCCCUCUCGGAGGAGUGGGAGCCUCCCCUUCUCUCACCACAUCAUGCUCGUCCACUGCAUCCACUUCUUCCUUCUCCGAACCAGCAGUACCCAGGCUGGGCUCAACCAAGGGAAAACAGCCAAGAACCUCAAAAGACCAGGUGCUUUCAGAACCAGAGACCAAGACCAUGGGAAAGGUUUCUCGGUUCAGAAUACGCAGGACACCAGCCCGUUCUCAACUAAAGCUUACACCAAUGGGGCUCCCUCGACCAAUCAGGUUGAACAAGAAGGAGUUUAGCUUGGAAGAAAUUUAUACCAACAAGAAUUAUCAGUCUCCCACAACCAGGAGGACUUUUGAGACCAUCUUUGAGGAGCCCCAGGAGCGCAAUGGGACUCUGAUUCUCACCAGUUCAAGGAAGCUCCGGCGGGCUGUAGAAUUUCGGGAUAGCAGCCUUCCUCGACCCAGGCGGCCAUCACGUGGCAUCCGGGCUGCAGCUGGCAGGACCCUUACUUCCAACCUGGCACCCAGCCAAGAUGUGGGACCCCUGCUGCAGCAGCGACUGGAGGAGCUAGAUGCCUCGCUCCUGGAGGAGGAAAUGGAUGGGGAGAGACCCCAUCAGUCCUAGGAGCUCCAGCUGUUUGUCCAUCCAUUCAUCCUGGAGGGAAGGAAACCUCUGAGUCAGUUAUAUUUUUUCUCUAUAUUUCUAGUAAAGU